UCGGCUCUGCUGUCGCGCUAUUAAAGGGGGCAAGUUCUGCUCGGCUCUGCUGUCUUGCAUGCUCUGCACCACUGUGCAUUGCUGUUAUUUUGUUUUUUUUUCUCUUGUUUUAUGAGCCUGUAUUCGCAACGAGAACAAAUAAGCAAACACACAACAACCUGGAAACUCACAAAAGUCAAAUAGCUGCACGUGUUAAUUAAGCAACUUGUUCCAUGGUUUGGACGCUAAUUCAUUAAUGGAGCUGAACGGUUUUUGUAAUGUCCGUGAACCUGUGAAGAGCCAACUCUGUACCUGCACUAGGACUUUUUCAUUUGUCGGCAUGAAAGUCAAAGUUUGACUUAAAGCGAAAGGAGCGUUACUGAAGAAUGCAAUGAACUGAACACUAACUACGGGACGUCAAUGCAGACGAAUUCAUUUCUCUGUGUUCUCUACAAUCGGCAAAGCCUCUGACAAUGAAAAAGAAUACGGUGCGAAAACGAUAACCUGGAGCUACAUUUGCCAACCCACUCAUCACAUAUGAGGCUGACAAAUGGAUAGUUCAAGACAAGCUCCCUGAAUAGGUCUGCUGCUCUGGAAUUACUUGAAGUGAUUAGCCCGUGGAUCUUUGCAUCGCUCAUGGCUGAGCGUUUGGAAGCAAAUGCAAAUCCAUUCUGGAGGCUCCCACACUGCAAAGACCUUUGAACCCUGGAAAACUCACGGAGUGAAGUUCGGGAAUGUCAAGUAUCACCACGGACCUGUUAUGGUGCAAGGCGGGAUUGACUGAAGCAUUUUAAUCCUAGUGUAGCCUUCCCUAGCCCUGCCCCCACCCAAUGUCAGACCUUCUCUAAAUUAUGGAAAUUUUGUGGAAGAAACUGACUUGGAUUGUGAGCCUGCUCUUGGCCGCUGCUGAUCCUCAGAGCCUUGCAUACAGUUCUCAAGAGGAGUUCUUGUCCCACUUGGGCGACUACCAGCUCACAGUGCCUGUUCGGCUGAAUGAAAAGGGCGAGUUCAUGAGCUACACUGUGAAACAGCACCGGCCCGGACGGCGGAGGCGGGGGCUGGAGCCCGCCGAGCCCCGCCUGUUCUACCGCCUCUCGGCCUAUGGCAAGCACUUUCACCUGAACCUUACACUCAACCCCAGCCUGGUCUCAAGGCAUUUCACUGUGGAGUACUGGGGCCGGGAUGGCCAGGAGAGACGGCACUCCACAGUGGAUGAUUGCCAUUAUGUUGGAUACCUACUGGAUCGAUACAGCACUACAGGAGUGGCACUGAGUACCUGCCAAGGCCUGCACGGUGUCAUCACCACCGAAGAAGAGCAGUAUUUAAUUGAGCCAUUAAAGGAUGAAACCUCCAGAAACUCCAGCGAUUUCCAGUUCACUGGAGAAGGGCAGCCACACGUUAUUUAUAAGAAGUCUUCCAUCCUGUCUCCACUGGAGUCCAGCAUGGAGCUCGGCUGUGGUGUUUCAGACCUCACAAUCAAGCAGAUGACAUGUUUGCAAACAAGCUCCGCCCCGGGCACUUCAGCCCCUGCACACAGUAAUAGCAGCUCAGCCUCCACCCACCGCCAGCGCCGCUCCAUCAGCGCCGAGCGCUUUGUCGAGACCCUGGUGGUGGCUGACAAAAUGAUGGUGGGCUACCACGGACGCAAGGACAUUGAGCACUACAUCCUGUCCGUCAUGAACAUUGUUGCCAAACUUUACCGUGAUUCCAGUCUAGGAAACGUUGUGAACAUUAUUGUAACCAGACUGAUUGUUCUCACAGAGGAUCAGCCCAACCUGGAGAUCAACCACCAUGCAGACAAGUCUCUGGACAGCUUCUGCAAGUGGCAGAAAUCCCUUCUCUCUCAUCAGGAUGACGGAAACAGCAUCCCGGAAAAUGGCAUAGCUCACCAUGACAACGCCGUUCUCAUCACACGGUACGACAUCUGCACCUACAAAAACAAGCCCUGCGGUACUCUUGGCUUAGCGUCAGUAGCUGGAAUGUGUGAACCAGAACGGAGUUGCAGCAUUAAUGAAGAUAUAGGCCUGGGUUCUGCUUUCACCAUCGCACACGAGAUCGGGCACAACUUUGGAAUGAACCAUGAUGGCAUCGGGAACACGUGCGGCACGAAGGGCCACGAGACAGCCAAACUGAUGGCAGCGCACAUCACCGCCAACACCAACCCCUUCUCCUGGUCCACCUGCAGCAAGGACUACAUCACCAGCUUCCUGGACUCAGGUCGGGGGACGUGUCUGGACAAUGAACCUCUGAAACGAGACUUCCUGUACCCCACAGUGGCUCCGGGGCAGGUGUACGACGCAGAUGAGCAGUGUCGCUUCCAGUACGGUGCCUCCUCCAGACAGUGCAAAUAUGGGGAAGUGUGUAGAGAACUCUGGUGCCUUAGCAAAAGUAAUCGUUGUGUUACCAACAGUAUCCCAGCAGCAGAGGGGACCCUCUGCCAGACAGGCAGCAUCGAGAAGGGGUGGUGCUACCAAGGCGAUUGUGUGACAUUUGGGACCUGGCCACAGGGUGUUGACGGAGGCUGGGGUCCGUGGUCAAUAUGGGGCGAGUGCAGCCGCACAUGUGGGGGCGGAGUCUCCUCGUCUGCACGCCACUGUGACAGUCCAGCGCCAUCUGGUGGAGGGAAGUACUGUCUGGGUGAGAGGAAGCGCUAUAGAUCCUGCAGUACGGACGCCUGUGCGGUGGGGGCUCGAGACUUUCGGGAGAAGCAGUGUGCUGACUUCGACAGCAUGCCUUUCCGCGGAAAGUACUACAACUGGAAGCCUUACACUGGAGGUGGAGUGAAGCCCUGUGCCCUGAACUGCCUGGCUGAAGGCUACAACUUCUACACGGAGCGGUCGCCCGCCGUCAUUGACGGGACGCGCUGCCAGGCCGACUCCCUGGACAUCUGCAUCAAUGGAGAGUGCAAGCAUGUGGGCUGUGACAACAUCCUGGGCUCAGAUGCCAAGGAGGACCGUUGCCGUGUGUGCGGGGGAGAUGGAAGCACAUGUGAGGUCACCGAGGGACUGUUCAACAACUCCCUACCCAGAGGAGGGUACAUGGAGGUUGUCCAAAUUCCAAGGGGUUCUGUCCACAUCGAGAUCAAAGAGGUUGCUGUGUCAAAGAACUACAUUGCUUUGAAGUCAGAGGGAGAUGACUACUACAUCAACGGAGCAUGGACCAUCGACUGGCCACGCAAGUUUGACAUAGCGGGUACACCGUUCCACUACAGGAGGCCUGCAGAUGAACCCGAAUCACUGGAGGCGCUUGGAGCCACCACUGAAAGUCUGGUUGUUAUGGUGCUGCUCCAGGAGCAGAACCAGGGUAUCCGCUACAAGUUCAACGUGCCCAUCCAGCGCACGGGCAGUGGCGACAACGAGGUUGGCGUCUCCUGGCAGCCCCAGCCCUGGUCUGAGUGCUCGGCGACCUGCGCUGGAGGUACUCAGAAACAGGAACUGGUUUGCAAGAGGCUUGAUGACAACUCGGUGGUCCAGAGCAGCUACUGCGAUCCUGACAGCAAGCCCCCGGAGAACCACCGGUCCUGUAACAUGGAACCGUGCCCUCCUGAAUGGUUUAUCGGCGACUGGUCGGAAUGCAGCAAGACAUGCGAUGGGGGCACACGCACACGCGUCGUUCUCUGUAUCCGCAAAAUCGGCUCUGCAGAGGAGGAGAACCUAGACGACAGCCACUGCCUGACCCAUCGGCCAAUCGAACGCGAAUCCUGCAACAAUCAGUCGUGCCCGCCACAGUGGGUGACACUGGAUUGGUCCGAGUGUACUCCGAAGUGUGGCCCUGGCUUCAAACACCGCAUCGUUUUGUGCAAGAGCAGCGACUUGACCAAAACGUUCCCGCCAGCUCUCUGCUCGGACCAUAACAAGCCCCCAGUGCGGAUCCGCUGCAGCCUGGUUCGCUGCCCACCGCCACGCUGGAUCCCUGGGGAGUGGGGCCAGUGUUCAGCACAGUGUGGUCUGGGGCAGCAACUCAGGACAGUGCAGUGCCUGUCGUACACAGGGCAGGUGUCCAACGAGUGCCCUCACACCCUGCGCCCCAACAACAUGCAGCAGUGUGAGAGCAAGUGUGAUUCCACGCCCAGUUCCCACGGUGACGAGUGCAAAGAUGUAAACAAAGUGGCAUAUUGCCCACUGGUGCUGAAGUUCAAGUUCUGCAGCCGUGCCUACUUCAGACAGAUGUGCUGCAAGACUUGCCAAGGACACUGAUCUCACUGCGAGAGCGAAAGCAGGAGUGGAGAGCAGCAGAGACGAGGGCAACACGCUGCAGAUGUGGACAGGAGAUAUGGGCAGGAGAAGAGUACUCCCUCCCUCUCCUACACACACACACACACACACACACACACGCACACACGCCUGCCUUUUCAGCCCUGUGGAACCCAUACCACUGGUCAGUCUCAUGCUGACACAUUUUGUUUUAUUUUCACUUCUGUGAAGUGGGAACUCCAUAUGAUCAUUAUUGUUAUUUUAUUAUAAUAAUAAUUUUUGUUGUUGAAAUUAUUAUUGUUGUUAUUGAUGUCUGUCUGUCUGUUGUAAUCCAAAGUGCUGGACACAUCAUUUGCGGAGUAGGCACAGUUGAGAAUAGGUUCACAAUACCAAUGUAAACACAAAGCCAAGACAAGAAGUUUCUCUCAUCUCUCUCACACACACAGACACACACACACACACACACACGCACGCACACACGUAUUGGCUCCACUGCAGUAGUGUGUAAACAAAUACACAUUUUGCUCCAAAUUUUAUCCAUCAAAGAAAAUGUGUGUACAUUCUGGACUUUAAACUGUGCAGAUACAGGGGAUGGACAAAAAACAACAGGAAUAACUAACAGUAUAUUUAUAUAUAAAUAUUAAAUAUGAAUGCUAACAAUAUAUUUAUAUAUAAAUAUUAAGUAUGAAUACCAAGUACCUUAUAAGGAGUAGGACCAACCCUUGCCUUCAGUACAGCCUUAGUCAUCCUUACACUACUGGAGGGAGGAAUUCUAAAGAAGAAAACAUUCUGGAUAUUUGGGAAUGUGGCAUGAAGGUGGUACACAUGUACGUACAGUACAGACUGGAUGAGGGGCGUGGUAACUGGGAAAGGUCCUUUGGCCACUGUGAUCCGUGUGUAUGGGGACACCCCAGCAUGCACCAGGUGCUGAAAAUGGUCUUAUGAUCAUGAAGAGCCAUCACUGGACCUGAUGACUCUCACGAGUUAGCUGCCCAGACAAUUCCGGAUCCACCACCACGUGUAGCCGCUGGCAACACGCUCGCUGUGGGAAGAAGGUUGUGAAUCUUUGUACAUUGGAUGUUUUUAAACUGUUAGUUGCCUUCUGGUUUUUUAAAAGUCAAAGUGCUGAAUAUUAUACCUCUUAUAAAGCUGGCAUAUACAGCUAAUAUUAUACCUCUUCUAAGGCUGGCAUACACAGCUAACUGGCAUUGACGUUUUGAGUCACAGGUGUAGCUCCUUUAGUAAUUGUGAGUUUUUUGUGUGGUGUUUCUGGUCUUUUGUCUGCCACCUGCAGUUCAGCCUAAUUACUAUUCCUAUCCCCAACAAAUUGAUGUCACACCAAUUUAUAUGCUGACAGAUUUCCAAAUGAACUCACCACGGGUCCAGUCUAAUGCGUCCUAAAUUUGAGUGGAUUUCUGGUAUAGUGAAAUGGAUGGACUGGUAAUAAUCUUCUCAACUGCAUCCCUCACGGCAGCAGAGAAGUCGAGUGAGGUUUGGUGGCUGGCCGGUGGGGACCACGGCUUCUGUGCUCUGCUGGGAGUUGCGGUCGUUGCAGGGGAAAUCGGCUUGAGCUGGAGAUUCCAGAUGCCUUGCAAGCCACCUGUUUGGCUGGCUGAGUGACAUGAUCACAGGCCAAAGAAUUCAACCAUUGUUUGUGACACUUGGAAAAAGGCCUGAAAAUCACAUUAGAAAGCAAAGGAGGCCUGUGCACCCAUCCACAACUUCCAAUAUAAGCAACUCGCAUGUGAAAAACAAACAAUGUAUCCAUUUGUGUUUUUAUUUGAGCGAUUUUUUUUUUUCUUUUCAGAAUAUUAAAACUGCUAUGGAUAUUAUGAACAAUAUUCACUGUUAUCUCAUUGUACUGUCCAAAACGUUCCAGUUCCUUGGGUCUGACUGCUGUGUAUCUGACCUAGGGCACUCUGUGUGCUGUGAUGAGGCAAAAUGUUACAUAAAUUAAUUUGUACCAAGAACCAUCCAGAAGUUCUCUCUCACCCCAAGUUGUCAGUGUGGAGGAUUGUGUCGGCACGUGGACGGCCUGCCUGGGGGGCGUGGAGUCUUCCCUUCCACGGGCUGAGUAAAGCACCAGUGCGCGGGUGCAGGUCAGGGCACGCACAUCCGGACAACCUCCGGACGCCCCCCCUCCCUCCCUCUUCCUCCCUCACCUGCUCCCAGCCUGCUCUGUAAACACACUCCGCGCAGCCCUCCAUGCUCAAUGGUGCUUUUCUUCCUCCGGCGGAGGGCUGUUUGUUUUGCCGUACUCCCGCUCACCUGCUCGAGUGGGAGGCCCCAGUCGCCCGGCUGGCGUGGUGCUCUCGUUUGGAGUUGGUUGGUUCGUUUUCUGGUCAAACCCGCUCCUUUGUUUUUCAUUUUUGUUUUUGUAUCUCCCACUGUGAGCUGGUUACGUGGCCUUCACUGACAUUCAGUGUGUGCUCCAUAUUCAGAAGUGUCCCACACACUGUACACCACACUUUCUUAGAUCAAAGGGAUCUGCACGCCUGGGAGGUAUCGACUGCCCUAACGCGACUCCUUGGCUGUGGGGCGAAGAAGUAACUGGCUAAUCACUCCAGAACACAGCUGUCUCCAGUCUCCAGCCGUUUCUAUCAUCAAACCAUCAUACUUUUUGCUGCUACUAAACCACAGCCACCCACACAAUGGUGAUCAGCUGUGUCUUUGUUAUGAAAUGUUUAAAAAGGGACUUAAAUGACUAUUAAGUGAAUAUCCCAACACAACAUAGCAUUUCUGAGGUUGAAUAACAAGUUUACAGGUUUUGGGCCAGAAAGGCUAUACACAAGAUUCCCAACAGGACACACCAAUGAAACAGAUUCCCAACAGGACACAUCAAUGAAACAGAUUCCCAACAGGACACACCAAUGAAACAGAUACCAAACAGGACACACCAAUGAAACAGGUGCCGAUGGCUGUGAACCCGUGUCUGUGAAUGUCACAUUGCUUAACCUGUACCUACAGAAUCGUUUUGCAUUUUUGCUGAUUAGUUGCUUAGAUUUUAUAUUCAAUGUUAGUGUUGGUACACUGUUACUAAUUUGUUUUCCAAUUGUAAAUUAUAUGCUAAUUUAUUUCCUUGUGUCACUUGUCAUACAUAUUUUCACAGCAUGGAAAAUGAACUUUAACAUGGUGGAAAAAAUGCAGUGAAAUGUUUCCCAUUAGCAGUUACUUUUGUUCUGAGCAGUAUGUGAAUGGGCCUUCUUUGCUACCCAGUUGCCCUUUCAAAGUAUGUCUGCAAACUUUUUUUGUUUGUUUCUCAAGAGUGUUUGAAUGUGUGGGUGCAUGUGCUGAUAAGAUGAUGUAUUGACACAGAAGGACAGUCCUAAGAAAAAAAUAGAUUAAUAGUUUCAGAUGGUAAGCAAAAAGAAAAUGGAAAAAAAGAUACUCCCACGGUAACCUUAACAGUCUCAUUCCUUUGGCUUGUACACUAUUAUUGGUGAAUCGUACAGUAUGUAAUGGAUCCUGAAUAAAACGAAUUUAAA